UUGACCAGAACAUUUUUGGUUUUGGUUUCUUCAGCUCUGUGUAGUUGUAGACACCACCUCUGGGUGUAGAAUUUUUCUUCAACUAUUCUACUUCGCGAAUGAUCUUUAGCACUUGCCUGUUCUGCAACUGCGGCUAUUAAUUCACCUUUGCACUCCUGUAAGUCCACAAUUUCAGCACGAAAAGUUCUUUUUGCGGGCUCCUGCAUGAGUUCAAAAGAAGUCCUAGUUAAUGUGCCUGAAAGAACAGAAACUACUUAUGAAGGGUCAUCUGUGACCAUCCCCUGUUCUUACAAAAAACCAGUGGACACAAAUUAUACACUGCUGUGGUUUAAAGAUGCAAUUUAUCUAAAAUACCAGACGUUUGACGGGACUAUUGUGUACAGUAACACAAAAGAACGUCCCCAGUCUCUGCAUUACUCCAGCAGAGUGGAAUACAUCACUGAUGCAACACCAGAAAACAAACAAGGAGACUGGAUAAAAUGUGAUUUAAGAAUAACCGAUCUGCAAAAGACAGACAGUGGGAAGUACACAUUUCGAUUGAUUUCAGACACAAGGUUCAUGAGUAAAGCUCUGUCUCUCAAAGUUAAAGACAAUCCUUGUAAGGUGCACAUUGAACCAUCAGAGCUGAAGAAUCCAGUCCGUGAGUCGGACAAAUUAACUGUUCGCUGUUCCACACUUGGUUCCUGUGAUCUUCAUCCUGAGUGGCUCGUUCAUACAUCAGGACAAAAGCAAGAAUGGACGUCCACCUCAUCUACUGAUAUGAUUAUAGAGACUGAAGAAGAUAAAGAAGGCAGAAAGAUCACCAAAUUGAAGCUCAGUGUGACAUGGAAGGAUGACAGAAGGAUUCUGUCUUGUCGUCGAGCGAAGAGUGAGGACAGCUUCCAGAUCAGGAAUAUCACACUGUCUGUGGAAUGUGACUGCCCACUUCAUCUCGUUUCUUCUCUAGAUGCACCUAAAGAGGUAAAAGCAACAGUGAGCUCUGAGGAUGUGAAGGAGGGAGAUUCUGUAACUCUCUCCUGCACCAGCAGAGGUCAGCCUGAUGUCAGCUUCUCAUGGUACAAAAAAGAGAGAAUAGAAAAGUCUCAACAAAUGUCUGACUUGAAACUAAAUAAUGUCAAACCAGAAGACAGUGGAGAAUAUUACUGUGAAGCUGAAAACAAGCAUGGGACACAGGAAUCAAAUAUCAUUCAAAUUGAUGUGAAGUAUGGUCCAGUGGGUGUCAAAGUGCAACCUGUUAACAUUAAAGAUCUCAAAGAGGGAGAUGAACUGACACUCAAGUGUUUAGUCGAGAGGGGUAACCCAGCAGUCUAUCAGUUCAUGUGGUACAAAAAUUCCCAAGAACAGAGUGAAACCAGCGAGACAUUCAUCAUCAGUAAAGUUACUAAAGAGGACAGAGGAUCUUACCGAUGCCAGGCUGAUAACGGGAUCAGAACAGAAAUAUCAAAUAACUUCACAGUAUCUGUAAAGUAUUCACCAAGAAGCAUCAAAAUAGAGGGCUCGACCUCUGUAAAAGUGGGCACUUCACUGACUUUGACAUGCUCAGCUGAUGCUGAGCCUCAGCCACACACAUACAAAUGGAAGCACACACCUGGACUGUCUCCUGUCCCAUUAUCAAUGGAAACUGGACAGUUAAACAUCGAGAAAGUGACCAUUCAACAUGCAGGACAGUACACAUGUGAUAUUACCAACACUAUGGGCACAGGAUCACACGCUGUUAAAGUUGAUGUCCUUUAUCCUCCAUCUAAUCUCAGUUUGAUCAUGCAGAGGGAAGCGAGAGAGUUUGAAGUGAUCUCCAUUAUCUGCACGGUUCAAAGCAAUCCUGUGUCACACCUGACAGUGACAGGACCUCGGGGGAAUCUGACAUAUAUUCAGAACAAUCAAAGGGAAAGCACUGCAUCUGCAAAAAAAAUGACAGUCUACUUGAAUGUUACAGAGUCAGAUGCAGGAGUGUAUAAGUGUAACGCAGAAAGUCAAGAGGGAAAACAAGAAACUAAACAAAAGCUAAUUGUGUUUCAUGCACCCAAAAAUGUGACUGUAAGUGUUAAAGGAGAACAAACAUUUGGGAGUGAGCUGACCCUUACAUGUGAGGCUCGCGCCGAUACUGCUCCAUCUUCAUAUGAGUGGAAGAAAGGCUUCAAUGGCCAGUUAAAGACAAUUGAACAGAAACAUGAACAGAGACUACACUUUCUAUCUCUGGAAAUCUCUGACUCUGGUCAGUACGCCUGUAUUGCUCAAAACUCCAUUGGAAAAACACUAUCUCCAUUAGUAGAGAUGAAUGUGAAAUAUCCUCCAUCUAAUCUCAGUUUGAUCAUGCAGAGGGAAGCGAGAGAGUUUGAAGUGAUCUCCAUUAUCUGCACGGUUCAAAGCAAUCCUGUGUCACACCUGACAGUGACAGGACCUCGGGGGAAUCUGACAUAUAUUCAGAACAAUCAAGGAAAAAGCACUGCAUCUGCAUCAAACAAUGUGACAGUCUACUUGAAUGUUACCGAGUCAGAUGCAGGAGUGUAUAAGUGCAACGCAGAAAGUCAAGAGGGAAAACAAGAAACUAAACAAAAGCUAAUUGUGUUUCAUGCACCCAAAAAUGUGACUGUAAGUGUUAAAGGAGAACAAACAUUUGGGAGUGAGCUGACCCUUACAUGUGAGGCUCGCGCCGAUACUGCUCCAUCUUCAUAUGAGUGGAAGAAAGACUUCAAUGGCCAGUUAAAGACAAUUGAACAGAAACAUGAACAGAGACUACACUUUCUAUCUCUGGAAAUCUCUGACUCUGGUCAGUACGCCUGUAUUGCUCAAAACUCCAUUGGAAAAACACUAUCUCCAUUAGUAGAGAUGAAUGUGAAAUAUGUUCCAAUCAUAAAAAUUGUCCAUAACAUGACAACAUUAACUCAGUGGAAUUGGGAGUUUCCAGUCUCUCUGACCUGCAGUGCAGAUGCACAUCCUCCUGCCGAGGUCUACAACUGGUACAGAGAGGAGGACAACGUGACCGUACUGUCAGAACAUCAGAACUUCACUGUUCAGCCUCAGAACCCUGGAAUAUAUUACUGUACAGCAGCCAAUGCUAUCGGAGAAUCACGAUCCGAAAACAUCAUGCUAUUUAUUGGCAGUAACUCUCCUAUGGUGUUCUACAAGAUCAUCUUCCCCAUCAUUCUCCUGUUGAUUCUUAUUGUUGUGGUUCUCUUUCUGAUACGCAGGACUAUCAUCAAGGCAAGAUCAUAUCAGCAAAGUGGAACAGAUAAUCCUUUGUGCUUUUUUCCAGUAUUCCUGUCACGCUCUUCUACAGUGACAAACUUACUUUUAUUGGGAUCACGUAAUGAUACCCAGGAGAAUCUGUCAGUGGAGGGCAUUCCUGAUUCAGGUUAUGGAAGAGUUAAUCAAUCACGUCCAAUACCCAAUUCCCAAGAUCCCACUCGACCACAGGAUCCUGAUCCAAGGCCGAAAUCUAAUAUCCACACGGUGUAUGCUGCUAUUAAAUUACCUCAAAUGAAACAGAGAAAACAGUCCCCACAACAACAAAAAACUGGAUGUAUGGACAAUGGCACUGCUACAUCUACCCUAAAUUAUGUCACUUUUGAUUUCAAGGGGCAAACUGAGCCAGAAAAAAGAGUACCUGAAGGUUCAGCAGUCUACGCAAUGGUGUCCAAAAAUAAGCAGAAAAUGAAUUUCCAGUCAGAAAAUCCAGAUUAUGAAAAUGUUUCUUCUGCAUGUGUGCAAAAUCCUCCAUUCCCAAAUAUGGAUGGUGAAUCUGAUACCAGUGAAGAAGAUGAAGUGAAUUACUCCACUGUGUCUUGUUCUGCCAAGUCUGCUGUUAAAGAACCCAGACAUAAGCAGAAGAGUUCAAGCUCAAGCAGUUCAAGCUCUGAUGACGAGGACAGAACUGAAUAUUCCACCAUUAAAACAUAAACACAAGGAGUUUCCAAUUUAAGAUUAAAACUAAGUAUUAUAUCCUUAAUUUUUAUAGUUAUAAUAUUAGUCUAUAUAAUGUUGUUUGAAAGUGAAAAUAUUAUAUAAAUAAUGAUUCUAUAAGUGUGCCUUCUACUCCUUCACUUUUUAUUUUUACAGUGAGUUGCUGUUUCAUUAAUAUACUAGUGAUAAAAUAAUAGUAAUCAUUCUUUAGAAAUACUUUUUCAUUAUGCAUCAAUGAAUCAUAUAUUUGUGUGAUCAAUUCUUGAGUGGAAAAAAAAGCCUGAAAAUGUAGUUUAGCUACAUUGUGUGUAAUGCAGCAACAUUGCUUUGUAUUUUAAACAUUUGCAUUCUGUACUGCUGAACUGCCAAGCUGAGAACAUUUAACUGCUUGCAUAAAACUGUGAAUAACUGUUCACAAAUAAAAUAAUUUUAUAUAAAACUUUAAUUUGACAAAAAUAUAAUUGAAUCAUAUAGUCAUAUACAAAAAUAGCAGAAAAUAAAUUAACAAUCAGCAUAAUUUACAGAUGUGACACUGCACCACAAAACCAGGCAUAAGGGUCAAUUUUUUCAAAACAAAUUGAGAUUUAUACAUAAUCUGAAAGUUUUCAGCUAUAGGACAAUAUGUAGCCAAAAUACAACUAUUUGAAAAUCUGGAAUCUGAGAGUGAAAAAAUAAAUAAAAAAUAACA